AUGUAAUAAUAAUUAACAUCUCAAGUUAUUUUAGAUCGUAAUUAAGAAUUCAAAGGAGUUGAAUUUCAAUUAAAUUCUAGAAAAAUUGUUAUAGAUAACAUUGAUCCUCUAGAACCGUUAUCAAAGUAUAUUGAUGCUGAUAAACUCAAUGAAAUCCUCAGUAAUCAUAAUAUUACUAUAAAGAUUUUUAAAUUGAAGAUUCUAAGAAAGGUGAAGAAGGCAUCAAAUUGAAUUAGCAUAUUAAAUAUUAUGACUUCUCAAGACCUCCUACUGGUAUUCCUAAAAAGUCAUUUAGAGCAUAUAGUGCAAUAGUUAAGAAAAAGAAGUGA